CACUGGCAGCCACAGGAUCAUCAGCUGUGAGAGUGAUUCCAGACUGUGCACCAGCCUCACCAGUUCUGUAGAUAGAGAUAAUGUGUCACCUAAAGCUGACUGGCUUCCUCAUAGUCCUGUCAGCGACCCUCAGCUGCCAUCAGGCUGCUCCCAUCAGCAGACAAAAAAACCUGGAGACCUGGAACGGGACCUCAAAGAGUGGAUGGAGGCUCGCAGUGCAGAGCAAGCACAUCGUGCUGACCCCAGUCAGCGAUAUCACCCUGCCGGAGGCCGUGCGGGAUAAGAGGCACCAGGUGGAGAAGAGGAAAUGUAACACGGCCACCUGCGUCACGCAGCGCCUCGCCGACUUCCUGGUCCGCACCAAUAACAACCACGGCCCAAUUUACUCACCCACAAACGUGGGCUCCUACACCUACGGCAAGAGGGACAUCGUGGGUCUUCUGCGACGAGAGUCCUUUGACUAUCUACAGCAUUAGCCAAUAUUCAGCGCUCCUAGGAAUUACCUCUGUUCAUUAAAGAGAAAAGAUCACGGAACUUUUACUGAAAUAUGUUUUAGGAACUUUUAAAUAUACUGUAUCAAUUUUUAUAUCUCUGUUUCUGUCUCUUUACAUAUAAUGCCCCAUCCCACAGAACUGCCCCCAACUUCCUCCACCUCUGACGUGCAGAUGUUCUAGAGGCGCGCUUGAAAUGACUGUGAGAGGUCUCUCCCUCUACACCGGACGCUAUGACACCUUCUGUGAGCAACCGGCCAGUGCCUACAGUGCGACCAACGCUGAUGUAUAGCGCAGUACACGCAGAGAAUUGGGUGGGGGGCUACACUGCAGAGGAAAGCCUCAAUCUUUUCCACACUUGACAUAUUCUGGGUGCACUUAGAACACUAUAAACACAACACACAAUAUAUUUUGGUAAAAGAUUCCUGAUCGUUCUCCUUUAACCUACAAAUGAUAUUAUAAUUUUGUAUGACCCUGUACAUUAUAGCAGUGCCUUCCUCCGUGUGGACUCUCCGGCACUGGGCAUGUACAGUAACAUGCAGACUCUUUUCUAAGGAGAUUCAUGGGAACUUCCAAAUUCUUGUAAAAACUAAAAAUUGUAAAAAAAAAAAAAA